CGGAGGGCGGGGGGUACGAAAGGGAACCUGCUGCCGGUGCUGCCGGAGGUGGCUGCUUCAGGUUUAUUGUGCAGGGGCAGAUUUAUUGUGAAACAGUUGCAGUGUCAAUGGGAAAUUAGCAGUAAACCACACACCACAAGCAGUCUCCUGUGAUCUGAGGAAGAUGCAGUGUUGUAGUGCAUACCUCUGAGGGAGCUGAUCCUGGGUGUGGAGUAGUCUCUGCGUGGCCCAGUUUGGAGCAGACUGAUAAGGCUCCCUGUUUCUUAGCAACCACAGCCUGCCAUAGCCAGAAACCUGCCCCUCUGCAGCUGGAGGGAAAAUUCUGAAUGUCUUGAAUUUUUAUCUUGAACCAAGACCUGUGUCUUCCCUGGGCAUGGAGGUGCCAUAUGUCCUUCUCUUAACUAGACUCGUAGCAGAAGUUGCCAGCAAAUCUACUGAAAGCCAGGUGUCAGAAACAGAAUGCUGUGUGGAUGCCUUGGAUGCAAACAGUUCCUGUCCAGUAACCAAUCAGUGCAGUCCAGGUUGUUACAGAAGGUGGAAUGAGGAUGGUAGUAGCAGCUGCAUUAAGUGCAAAAAUGAGACCCUUCCUGUUUCAUCUGUUUACAACCUGACUGAAUGCAGAAAUACUGGUAUCAGAGGAAUGAAUUUCCACAUGAAUAUCAGCACUGUCGCUCCUUUCCUACAGAACAUAGGGGGCCCAGAAGUGGCAGCCUCUCUUAUCUUAGGGACAUUUUUCAUCAGUUUAUUCCUGAUUCUGUCUGUUGCUUCUUUCUUCUACCUCAAACGUGCCAAUAAACUUCCUAACAUUUUCUACAGAAGAAACAAAGCUUCUGUUCUCCAGCCUAGUGAAACAGCAUCCAUGAUACCUCCCCCAACUUCUUCAGUUCGGAAGCCGCGCUAUGUCAGACGAGAACGCUCACUAGUGACAUCUGCAUCUGCUGCUAUCAUCUCCUCUUCUGAAACCAGGGUCAGCAAUGUUUAGCCUUCACUCUUGACUGAGGACUUUCUAAGUGGACACAGUGUUGAAGAAUCUCUUUGGUUUUCCUCUGAAUCCACUGAAGUGCCAGGAAACCAUCGCAAGCAGCUGACCUAAGUGGAAGCCAAUUUACUGUGUCCAAGGGUUCGUGCCAAAUGUUAACAGAGAAAUGAACUAAUGCAAGGAUACUGAUGGCAGGCUACAUCCAGUUUGGUGAGAUGCUUUGGUGAUCUUUGAAAUGCACUACUCCAGCUCUGAGGUUUCAUUUUUGUCUCCUAGAGAUGCUGUGCUUAAAAUCGUUAUAAAGAAUCUGCCUUUCAGUUUUGGCAAGUUCUUCUUCCUAUGUGGUGAUGUGUUCUGUGUCCUCAGAGCUGAAUGUCUCAGUGCUGCAGGCCAACACAAAACACUGGGAUUACUCAAGGAUGUGGACUUGUUUGAAGGGCCCAAUGCUAACACUAAGUGCCACUGCUUUAACUUUGGAGGACAAUAUAACAAUACUUAACAUGCAGUAUCCUUUUGAAGCAAAAAAUGGAGCAUCCUCUUCAGCCUAUGACAUAGCUGACCCUGGUUUUUAACUGUGAAUAUUGACCCACUAUCCAAAUAUUGUUGUUCUUGGUGCUUUUGAAGGCCAAGGUCAGUAUGGGUCCAAUCCCAACUGUGGGACUUCCUUGGGAAGCUUUAAUUGGCUUCAUCUCGGUCCUUGGAUGAAAAGCCAUUUGCUGUGGCUUUGAAACUGAUAGGCUGCUAUGUCUGUCUUGCAAAGACCGUCUCUGCUCACUUCCUUCCCUUAACACAGCACCUGAAGGAAGCCCAGAAUUCCUGCAGAGUAGCUGUGCAUCUGCUAGACAUGUCAGUGAGUACUGAGAUGAACUGGAGAGAUCAGGUGAAUUUCUGCCAAUGCAAUAAGGGGGUUCUUUGGUCAAGCCCUUCAUUAACAUGCCUGACAUCUGCAGGCCAGCACCUUAUGACAGACCCCAACAAGUGUUUCCUUGUUGAAAGUGCCAACCUAAAUACCCCCCACUCUUGGAUGCUUGUUCUUGCCCAUCUUAUGCCAGCUGUGUGACUUGAGUAGUCAGUUGAUCAUUGAUCACUUAGCCAGGAAAUUGGCUAGGUUCUCCUUCACUGGUUCUUUUUUCUCGUGGCGUGGUUGACUCUGCUGAUAGAUGUGUUCACAUGGCAACAUAAUGGGCAUACUGGUAUGGGCAUGAGUGGGUGACUGGGGAACAAGUGAAAAACCUGAGGCUGCUAAAUUGGUUGAAGUGUCAUUGUCACCAUAUGUGACAUUUUAACUAUGCAGCUUGUGCAUUCCCACCUACCUGUGUUGCUGUUGCCUGUUUUGGUUUAGCUGGCACUCCAUUAUGGGUCUAUGCUCCUAAAAUACACUACUUGGAAGCUCUUCAUCAGCUCCUGCUUUAGCAGGGAGGUUGGACUAGGUGAUCUCUAGAGGUCCUUUCCAACUCCCCUGCCAUUCUGUGAUCCACUGGCAUGAACACAAACUGGAACAGUUGGUUCUCUUUUUCAGGAAAAUGCAAACAGAACUAUCUUGAGCUGACAUGACACUCAUAUGGAGGGUCUGAACCUUGUGAUCCAGAUUCCUUUUGCUCUAAGGUUAAAAGCUUAAGAGAACUAGGAUGGGAGGAGAUACACUUAUUGAAUAGACCUGGUUUUAUGGAAGCUUCAGUGCAGUUGUAAGGGAAGAGAGAAAAAUAACUACAAGAGAUCUCUUGAGCAUCCAAACAAGUGAGGGCAAAAAUUGAGGAUAAGAAACAAACCAUGAAGAGACCCCUGUGCCAAAAAAGCCCAAAAGCCUGGGCUGCUCUAUGGAGAAAUUUAAGGUUGUCUUUCUAUCACAGUGAUAAAUACAACUCUUGUCCUACUGAUCAAAACUGGAGACAGCAGACAGUGCCACUUCCAGACCCUUCAACUUUUAACAUGAAGUGUUCUUUAAAAUUCAUAUGUUCCGAGUUCAGGAGGUGGCAGGUUUGUUUCUGUCAUUUUGAUGUCUUUUUAUCCUUGUGCUACUGUGAUUUUUCCAACAGGGAGAAAUUAUAUCUCGAGGUCAGAGGUUUUUCCUGAACUUAGUUGCUGAAUAUUUUCCUAACUGCUGAGGAAAAGGAGUAACUAUGCAAAUCAUGCCAAGAAGCUGCACCUUGGAAAGCAGGGAGCUCCUGCUUGCAAAAUCUGUCAAUGGUAGUGCAUUCUUAUAUUGCUUAGUUGCUAAUAUAUUCCUUCAGCACAUCAAUUAUUGAAGGAGCAGUCAUGUCAUUGUACUGUCUGAACUCUGUCUUACCCUCAAGUACAUAUUGUAACAGUUUAAUGUCUGGCGUAUCACGCUCCAGCUCCUGUGCAGUGAAGUUUUCCUCAGUGAUAACAUCUCUCUUCCCCUUCCCUUGCUCUUCUCCCUCCUCCCAGAAAACUUCUUCAAAAUGCAGCAGAUAUUUUUUACUGUUGUUUUAUUUUGUGUUCCAGGAACUGUUCAGCUUUUGUUAUUAGUCUGACACAGUGGACUCCUGCCCUACACAAGUUUCUCAUUUGUUUGCACUGUCAAAUGAAAUAUAUAAGGUGGUGUUUUGGUUUCCAUCCCCAUUAAAAAUACUAAUGCAUACCUAGAUAUAUUUUAAAAGGAAUUGGCUUUAAUGAACCCUGAUAUUUAAUGUAUUUGUAUCUUUUUAAAUUGUGCCAAAAUAAACAUGUUUGAGCUGUUUUUCUAAUGA